GGACGUGCAAUAUUCUCAAACUUCUCCUAAUUCCAUAUCUUGUGCCCACUAAAACACAAAUCAAAAAUAACAAAAAUUCAUGGAAACCGUCACUUGUUGAGUCAGCUGCAGCUUUUGUUGUUCAUGUUACUAAUUUGACAGGACUUGAAGCUGAAUUAGAUAAAAGAAUUAAAAAAUAUGUACAGUAUGGCACAACUAUUCAGCCUUUUAUAGUAUUGGUUGGAAAAGAUUUAUUUUCAAUUCAAUACUGCUAUACAAGAGUCGACGAUCAAUUUUGGACAUUUAACUGUCCAUUGGAAGCCGUAGAUGCUUGUUUGAAGACAUUUAUGGCAUUACACUGCUGCUAUCCAAAAGAAUGUUACGAGUCAUGGAUAAUUCUACAACUACAGCUGUACAACAUAGAAACAAAUUAUGAUCGUCAAUCUUCAGUUAUUGUAUCUUUAAAUAGUAAAAUGAAUACCAUGAACGCAACUGUUAGCAUUUAAAUUUGGUAUGUUCAAUUUUUAAUAUUAUUUAUGGAAUACUAUUUUAUACAAUUUAUCAAACUUGUCAAAGGUAAUUACAAUUGGUAACAAAAUGUACAACUGUUUUUUAUGCUUGAAAAGGCAUAGCUAAAUUUCUAAACUUAUAUGGCACAUGAAAAUUUACCAUAACUUAGGAACUCAGUCGUUUUAUAUGUGCAAACAGCAAUCAUGUUGUAGAGACUUUAGAGGUUUAAAAAGCUUUAGGCAACAUUUAAACAGAAGUCAUCCAUUAGUAAAAUCAAAUUCUGAUAAUGCAUUACACAAUAAUUUAGGUAGUGAAGCUAUUGGUAAUAUCUAUAAUGAUACUGAACCUUCUUCAUUUGCAUCUACUCUUUUUAAUUUGUCAGAAAUGACUACUACCUCUGAUCACCAUAUUGACACAUAUGAAGUUCUAGAAGAUAUUCAUGUUGUUGAUGAACUUAUAAGGACUAAAAACACUGAUGACUUAUUUUUGUUGCCUUUAACACAAAUAUCAUACACAAAUAUUGUUAAGAAGUGUGCAUUAAAUUUUAUUAGUAAACUUAUGAUGAAACCGUCUGUAACAAGUAUGCUUUUGCAAGAAAUAAUAGAUGGGGUCAUAGAAUUAUUUUCUAGUGAUAUAGUACUUGAAUUGAAGUCAAAGAUUAUGCCACUUUUAAACUUAAGUAAUGUCUCAACAAAAUUUGAAAUUGAAGAAAUGUUUAAUGCUCUUCAACAUCCGUUUUUAGAUCUUACAACUGAGCACCUUCGCAUGAAAUACUUAGUUUCAAAUGAUCUUUUCAUCAUACCAAAAACUAUAGUUGUAGGUUACACAAAAGAAAAAAAAACUGUUCUUGGCGAAGAUAGACUUUUAAUGGUACCAGUACAAGGACAUUUUCUUUCUUUAAAAAGAAAUCUGAAAGCUUUCUUUGAACUUCCUGAUAUUUAUAAAACUGCAACUAAAUUUAUGAAUGAAUCCUUAUCCAAUAAUGAAACAAUGAUUUCAUUUUUGGAUGGUUCCACUUGGAAAAAAAUGAGACGUAAUUUUUCAGACAAAAUUGUAUUCCCUAUUUACUUAUACUAUGAUGAUGUUGAAUUAGGUAACCCAUUGGGUUCACAUUCUGGAAUACAUAAAAUGGGAUGUAUUUAUUAUUCAGUAGUAGCAUUUCCUCCUGAAUAUUUGUCUGCCUUGGAAAACAUUUUUAUAGCUUUUUUAUUUCACUCUACUGAUCGAGGAAUUAAUAAAGUGACAAAUGAAAUAAUGUUUUCAUCCCUAAUCAAUGAAUUGAAAGAUCUUCAAACCAAUGGCAUUACAAUACAAGUUGACUCGGUCGAAAUUACAAUAGUCUUUGCUCUUGGUUUGGUAUUAGGAGACAAUUUAGGUCUAAAUUCAAUUCUGGGUUUUGUUGAAAGUUUUAAUGCUAAUUACUGUUGCCGAAUUUGUCGUUGUUCUAAACAUGAUCUUCAUAAAAUGGUACGCGAAGUUGACACUUUAAUACGGAAUGAAAAUAAUUAUGAAACCGAUAUUAUUUUAAACUGUGUGUCUAAUUCUGGAUUAAAUGAAAGAUGUAUAUUUAACAAAGUGCCCAAUUUUCAUGUUGUACAAAAUAUGGUUUGUGAUUUUAUGCACGAUAUUCCUGAAGGAGUGGCACGUUAUGACAUGGCAGUAGUAAUUAAAAAUCUUAUUGAUAAAAAAUAUUUUACUUUGAACCAACUAAAUUCUAGAAUAACUCUUUUUGACUACGGUGUUACAGAACGCAAAAACUGUCCUCCAAAAAUAAAUCAGAACAGCUUAAAUAAUGGGUAGUUAUUAUGUCAGCAUCGGAGAUGUUAUGCCUAGUAAGAAAUUUUGGUUUAAUUGUAGGUGAGUUAGUCCCUAAACAUUCUCAAAAUUGGAAACUAUACAUUUUAUUACGACAGAUAGUUGAUUUAUGUUGUGCGCGUAGAAUACAAAGUGAUUGUGCUUUAUUACUAGAUUCUAUUGUUGCUCAACAUAAUAGACUGUAUCUCAUCUUGUCAAAAAGCAAUUUAAAACCGAAAUUUCAUAUUUUAACCCAUUAUGGUCGUAUGUUAUUGAAAAAUGGUCCAAUAAAGUUAACAUCAUGUAUACGGUUUGAAGCAAAGCAUAAGAUUUUGAAAGGUGUGGCAAAUGCAAUACCUUGUCGCAUAAAUCUUGGUCAUACAUUAGCCUAUAAAUUACAACUUCAAAUGGUUAGUCGCCUUCUUUCAAAAACUGGUUUUCAACAUGAUUUGAAAUUAGGUACUGGAAAAGAGAUUGUUGUCAAUUCUGAGUUUCCAGCACCAUUGUAUAAGUUUCCUCAAGAAUUAGUUCCAGUUUGUUUUAAUGCUUCUUGGCUUAAAUUUAAAGGAGUUUAUUAUAAAAAAGGCUUACUUAUGGUUAUUGAUGUAAAUCUUGAUGGCUGUAUUUUUGGGGAAAUAAUAAGUCUGCUUGUAGGGAAAUCUAGGAACCCUUAUUUUAUACUCAGUCCAAUUUCAAGCAUAGGUUUUGAUCCACAUUACCAUGCAUAUGAAA